AUAAACUUCAUAAACCUCAUUCUCCCAAUUCACAAUUCUCAUUCUCCAAUUUUGCUCCGUCUCCAUUGUUUUCUUCUGGAAGCGGGGCAUCUCCUUAUUCAUCAAUUCUUGCAUCUCUUCUCAACAUGGCUCCCAACAGAUGGAUUAGACCUGAGGUAUACCCACUUUUUGUGCCUGUUGGCAUGGCUGUUGGCCUCUGUGCUAUGCAACUUGUUAGAAACUUAACCACUAAUCCUGAAGUCAGGGUAACCAAACAGAACAGAGCUGCAGGAAUUCUUGACAAUCAAACCGAGGGUGAGAAAUAUUCUCAACACUUUGUGAGGAAGUUUGUCCGUGGCAAGAGCCCUGAGAUUAUGCCAUCCGUCAACGGCUUCUUCUCCAAUCCAAACUAAGUAAAACAGAUGCCAAGCCUUUUUGUUGUUCUAGAAAAAUUUGAUUUAUGGGUUUAAAUAAUUUUUUUGGCUUUCUGUUCUUUUGAAUUGAGAAGUAGAAGGUUGUAAGGAAUUUGAUUUUUCAGGAUAUGAUUGUGUAAUUUCUUGUUGGAUGGCAUUCAGUUUGUCUCCACAAUAAAGAUUUAUACUUACCAUUGUUGGUGUUUAUCAGUUUUCUUUGAUAUUGUUGGUAGGAAUGUUUUUGUAUUUGCUGAUAAAAUAAUAUUUCAUCAAAGGAAUUUGCAUCUA